UUCUCUCUAUUUGACAGGUAUACUCAUCUCUCUGCACUGGGUUGCUACAGGUUAAGAGGACGGCGCACCUUUGGUUCAUGAAUUCAUCAUGGGAGUUAAAAUGGAUGCAACAGCAUCGAUGCCCCUCUCCACUCCAGCAUGUAUUUGGCUGAAAUGAAUUAUUCAGCUUUCUUAGAAAUAAAUACACAACCAUCACAGAUUCACAGAUUGGCCAGUUGUAUGGCAGAAAACUGUCAGAACCGAUCUCCCUCUCCAAUCCUCUAUCUAGCAUGUCUUCCCUGCCCCUCUCCCUGUCUCAUCGCUCGCUCUCAUCUCAGACCAAUCAAUCUCUCAUACUUCAGAUGAGGAGCGGCCUUUCUUCCUUCAUGGUGUGGUGAAGGCUGAUUGGUGGAUGUGUCUGGGUUAACAUUGUCUAAGGGGCCUAUUGUCUGUGUGUCGGCACGGAGUUUGUUGUUUGUUUGUGUGCUUGGCUGUGCUGUUUCUUUGAGACUAACUGCCUGCAUGCGUUUAUACAGCAUGCUGUUUUAUCCCAGCUCCAGUGAAGCCAGUGAGUUCCUGUGUGGUGUCAGAAGAGAUCUGCGUUUGAUGUGCAGCACCCAAUUACCCAGGGACCUCAUUGUACAGAGCAGACCAUGGCAUGCUGCCUACCCAAGCCUGUGGGAAGCUAUGAAGUGAAUAUGGGACCUUUAUGUUAGCAUCUGCCCAAAUCCAGGGUGUCUGGUGCACUGAUCCAGCCACAGUGGUGCGGAGGUAGAGCGGGGGCAUGGCGGCCGGUCCAGGCAUGGGGUGGCCUGGCCUGCUCCUGCUGCUGAUGACUACUGUGGCCUCCACUCAGAGCCAAGGCUGUCCCCAGCGCUGUGAGUGCAUGGCCAAGCUCAAGUCUGUGGCCUGCCAAGGCAAGCGCCUGUCUGCCCUCCCCGACAGCAUCUCCUCAGACACACGCCUGCUGGACAUGAGUGGGAACAUGCUUCGCUGGGUGGAGCAUGGCGACCUCCUCUCCUACCCUCGGCUGGAGGAGCUAGACCUGAGUGAGAACAUCAUCAGUGUCCUGGAGCCCAACGCCUUCUCUAGCUUGCAGAACCUGAGGGUGUUGUCGCUGAGGGGGAACCAGCUCAAACUGGUCCCCAUGGGCGCCUUCUCACACCUCACAAACCUUACCACACUAGACCUGAGUGGGAACAAGAUCGUCAUCCUGUUGGACUUCACCUUCCAGGACCUAAAGAGCCUGAGGAACCUGGAGGUUGGCGACAACGACCUGGUCUACAUCUCCAACAAGGCCUUCCUGGGCCUGGUGGGUCUGAGGCAGCUCACCAUUGAGAGGUGCAACCUGACCUCCAUCUCCAGCCAGUCUCUCUCCUACCUUCGUGGCCUGGUCACUCUGCGCCUGCGCUACCUCAGCAUCUCCUCCCUGGAUGACCAGAACUUCCGUAAACUGGGGGGGCUGCGGGGGCUGGAGAUCGACCAUUGGCCCUUCCUGGAACACAUCUCCCCCCACAGCCUCCAGGGCCUCAACCUGUCUUGGCUGUCCAUCACCAACACUAACAUCACCUCUGUGCCCACAGCUGCCCUACGCAGCCUGGCCCACCUCACCAGCCUCAAUCUCUCCUACAAUCCCAUCUCAGUGCUGGAGUCCUGGGCCCUUAGGGACCUGGUCCGGCUGAAGGAGCUGCACCUGGUCAACACCAACCUGAUGACGGUGCAGCCGUACGCCCUCGGCGGCCUUCGGCAGAUCCGCCUGCUUAACCUGUCCACUAACGCCCUUGUAACCCUGGAGGAGGGCGCCUUCCAGUCCGUCAACACCCUGGAGACGCUGCGUGUAGAUGGGAACCCUCUGUCAUGUGACUGCCGCCUGCUUUGGAUCCUCCAGCGCAGGAAGACCCUCAACUUUGAAGGGAAGUCCCCAGUGUGUGCGGGACCCAUGGAGGUGCAGGGCAGGGCCCUCAGCGCCUUCUCAGACUCUGCCCUCUUUGACCACUUUACCUGCCAGAAGCCCAAGAUACGCAACAGGAAGCUGCAGCCUGUGACUGCCAGGGAGGGCCAGGUAGUGUCCUUUGUGUGCCGGGCGGAGGGAGAGCCCACACCUAUCAUCUUCUGGGUAUCUCCCCAGCGCCGUCGGAUCACUACCAAGAGCACUGGACGUGUCAUCGUCCUACCUGAGGGAACGCUGGAGAUCCGCUACGCCCAGGUGACCGAUAGCGGCACCUACAUCUGCAUCGCCAGCAAUGCCGGGGGUAACGCCACCUACUUUGCCACGCUGACCGUGAGCGCGCUGCCUCUGGACGCAGCGCUCAUGGCCAACCGCACAUACUACACAGGUGACCUCAAUGAGACCAAUCUGAAUGACACCAAGGUCUUCCUCAAGUUCACCUUGGACCUCAAGACAAUCCUGAUAUCCACAGCCAUGGGGUGUUGCUUGUUCCUUGGGGUGGUGGUCUUCUGUUUCCUGAUGCUGUUCGCAUGGAGCCGGGGCCGGGGGCAGCACAAGAAUAACUUCUCAGUAGAGUACUCCUUCAGAAAGGUAGAUGGCCCUGCUGCCAGUGGCGGACAGGGAGGGGCCCGUAAGUUCAACAUGAAGAUGAUUUGAGACAGAAAAUGGGCCGCUCUGUUUACUUGUAGACUUAAAAGGGGACAGAAUAACUUCUGACUUUUUGAUACUGAUCCCUGUCUGUUCAGAAAUCAACUCACUAGGUUCAUCCAAGACAGAUUACUAAGACUUUGUUUUUUUUAUCUGUAAAUGGCCGUAUCAACAACAAAAAAGUAAAUUGAUUUGGUACAGUCCGAUUUUUCUCAAUUGCUACUUGUGUAUUGGUCUAUCUUGUGCAGAAGAGUCUGGAUGAUAGUUAAAGAUGUCCCAAAAUCCUAUUGACAUGACCCCUGCACAGCUCCACUGGUCUCUCUGCAGUGCACCCUCCCUCCUCACUCCUGAAUACAUAAUCACAGGGUGCUCGCUGAAUGCCAAUACUCAUUUAAACAGAUGAUAUUAUUUGUUUUCCCAUAGGAGGACUUGUAAUUUAUAUAAUUUGAAUCUAUUCUCCCACUAUAGUGGAUUUGAGAUCCAGCGACCACAAUACCACACAGGUAGGGUUCUUGCAUACAGUAGAUAGCUGACAUUGAUACUCAACAGUAGUCUAUACUGUAUACGACACUGCCAAGCUAUAACCACGGGCACCGUACUGUAGGACUUCUAAUGCAAACUACGUUACAGGAUACUUCCAACCUCAUCUGUUAUUCAAAAGCAUGAAAUGCUGCUACACAUUUGACUAGUUCAUUUUUUUUAAUGGAUUUGUUAUGUAAAGUACCAUGAAUGACAAAGUGAAAAAUAUAGAAACCUUGUGUACAGGUGAGUGAUCACUCACACAAUUUCCUAUGUGUUCAGAUAUCCUCGUUCUGGUGUAUUCAGUGAAUAGUAUACACCUGCCCUCAGACUGCACCCCCUCUGACAUGUGAAAAGGUGUACAAAAUGUUUUGUAUAUACUGUAUGGUUGUUGUUGGGUGUACAGAUUUGUUGUCUCAUUUUCUGAAUAACUUGCUAUAUAAUCUUUGUUAAUUCGUCAUUGUCUGAUGACUUCAUCCAAAGACAAGUGUUCAUACUGUAUCGAUUGAUAGACAUAUACAUCAGAGGUCAUACAUUUUGUAAUCUUUAAAAGCUAUUGUGGUUGUUCAUAUUGUAGCAGAUUUUAUGUGGAUUAGUCUAAGUCUAAUUAUCCUAACUGGUAAUAGCCAGUAAUUUAAUUCAUAGCCGACACAUUUUGCCUGGCGCAGAGAUUCGCCCUUUCUGUGCUCUCCAAAUAAUUUAGGAAGGACAAGCGUGCAGUGUAUCAGAUCAGUUUCCUAUUUUGUGGAAGCAGUGGGAAGCUUGGUGACCAGCAGUGACAGUGUUUCUCAUCAGGACCCAGUCUCAGAUAUGCAGGAAAAUGCUAAUGUAACAGAGACCUUGGAUGCUAGAAGAGAGGUCACAAUGGAACAGAGCCAGGAUGUGCUAGAGGGCAUUCAUUGCCCAAAUCACAAGGCUGACAUCAUUUGCUUUCUGCAGAUAAAUUAGAAUAGGAUCAGAAACUAAGCGAAGAUUACGCUGUUCUUAAAAUAUUUGUAAAAUGUGAAUUUGAUUAUAACAACAGUACAUUGUAUCUUUUGGAAGAGCAGUUAUUGCUAAGGUUUUGUAAACUUGCUAAUAGCAAAAAUGACUUAAUCAUCAUCCCUCUGCACUUUGUGCAGGUGCCUGGCACAUAAUUAUUAUUCUCGAUCUGCAGCACAGGAGAAAAUGCAUUUAAAUUCCCAAAAUACACUGAGUGAACAAAACAGGAACACCUUCCUAAUAUUGAGUUGCUCCUUCAUCUACACUGAUUGAAGUGGGUUUAACAACUGACAUCAAUAAGGGAUCAUAGCUUUCACCUGGAUUCACCUGGUCAGUUUAUGUACGCUUGGUGUAUAUCCUAAUAUCUUAUUUGGAUUUAGGGUGCUAACCAUGGUUUGAGUCAAUUACAAUUUAAUAAAAAAUUCCAAUUAAAAUAUUGAAUUCACUCAUGAAGUGAAGGAUUUAGAGUGAAUUCAAUUUGAAUUUCAAAAUCUUCAAAUCAUGGAAUUGGAAUUUAUUUGAAAUUGGACUGUUUGGACAAUUUUAAAUCGAAUUGACUUAGAAUUGUAAAAAUAUUCAUUAUUUGAAAUUUAAUUGAAUUGAAAUUACAUUUCCCAGUUAAUGAAAUUGAUGCACUUUGUAUAAAAAUGUCAUGUUGUAUUUCUAUAUUUCCAGUAUAGCUAGGCUGUAUGAACAGUGACAUGAUCAGUGAUUUGGUGAUCCUGAGUGGCACAGCGGUCUAAGGCACUGCAUCACAGUGCUUGAGGCAUCACUACAGACCCCAUUCGAUUCCAGGCUGUAUCACAACCAGCCAUGAUUGGGAGUCCCAUAGGGCGGUGCACAAUUGGCCCAGCGUAGUCAGGAUUUGGCCGGUGUAGGCCGUCAUUGUAAAUAAGAAUUUGUUCUUAACUGACUUACUUGGUUAAAUGAAGGUAACAUUUAAAAAAAUAUCUAUCUACAUCUGCUUCUCUUUCUAGCUUUGGUUUGGCUGUCAUUGGCGCCACAGAUUGUUCCCUCACUCAAUGCACCACUGCCAACAGUCCCAAAUAGCUUACCUUUGCUGCCCUCUGCUGGAAGUAUAGGAAUCUACAGCAUUGUCACAGAGAAGUUCCAGACAUUUUGUAUCAAAUCAAAUUUAUUUAAAUCAAACCAAAUGUAUUUAUAUAGCCCUUCUUACAUCAGCUGAUAUAUCAAAGUAGUGUACAGAAACCCAGCCUAAAACCCCAAACAGCAAGCAAUGCAGGUGUAGAAGCACGCUGUUUUAUAUAUCACACUGUUUUAUAUAUAUAUAUAUAUAUAUAUAUAUAUAUAUAUAUAUAUAUAUAUAUAUAUAUAUAUAUAUACAAUAACUGUGUGUUAUUUCAGAGUUUUGAUGUCUUCACUAUUAUUCUACAAUGUAGAAAAUAGUUUUAAAAAAAUCAAUAAACCUGGAAUGAGUAGGUGUGUUCAAACUUUUGACUGGUACUAUCUAUUUAUAUACAUAUAUAUAUAUAUAUAUAUAUAUAUAUACAUAUAUAUAUAUAUAUAUAUAUAUAUAUAUAUAUAUAUAUAUAUAUAUAUAAACUCGGCAAAAAAAGAAACGUCCUCUCACUGUCAACUGCAUUUAUUUUCAGAAAAUUUAACAUGUGUAAAUAUUUGAAUGAACAUGAGAUUCAACAACUGAGACAUAAACUGAACAAGUUCCACAGACAUGUGACUAACAGAAAUGGAAUAAUGUGUCCCUGAACAAAGGGGGGUCAAAAUCAAAAGUAACAGUCAGUAUCUGGUGUGGCCACCAGCAGCAUUAAGUACUGCAGUGCAUCUCCUCCUCAUGGACUGCACCAGAUUUGCCAGUUCUUGCUGUGAGAUGUUACCCCACUCUUCCACCAAGGCACCUGCAAGUUCCCGGACAUUUCUGGGGGGUGGCCCUAGCCCUCACCCUCCGAUCCAACAGGUCCCAGAAGUGCUCAAUGGGAUUGAGAUCCGGGCUCUUUGCUGACAAUGGCAGAACACUGACAUUCCUGUCUUGCAGGAAAUCACGCACAAAACGAACAGUAUGGCUGGUGGCAUUGUAAUGCUGGAGGGUCAUGUCAGGAUGAGCCCGCAGGAAGGGUACCACAUGAGGGAGGAGAAUGUCUUCCCUGUAACGCACAGCGUUGAGAUUGCCUGCAAUGACAACAAGCUCAGUCCGAUGAUGCUGUGACACACCGCCCCAGACCACAACGACCCUCCACCUCCAAAUCGAUCCCGCUCCAGAGUACAGGCCAGGGUGUAACGCUCGUUCCUUCGACGAUAAACGUGAAUCCGACCAUCACCCCUGGUGAGACAAAACUGCGACUCGUCAGUGAAGAGCACUUUUUGCCAGUCCUGUCUGGUCCAGUGAUGGUGGGUUUGUGCCCAUUGGCGACGUCGUUGCCGGUGAUGUCUGGUGAGGACCUGCCUUACUAUAGGCCUACAAGCCCUCAGUCCAGCCUCUCUCAGCCUAUUGCAGGACAGUCUGAACACUGAUGGAGGGAUUGUGCGUUCCUGGUGUAACUCGGGCAGUUGUUGUUGCCAUCCUGUACCUGUCCCGCAGAUGUGAUGUUCGGAUGUACCAAUCCUGUGCAGGUGUUGUUACAUGUGGUCUGCCACUGCGAGGACGAUCAGCUCUCUGUCCUGUCUCCCUGUAGCGCUGUCUUACACGGAACCCAAACCGGCUGCGUGCGUGCGCCAUCGUGCAUACAUUUAUUUUGUCCCCCCACACCAAACGCGAUCAAGACACGCAGGUUAAAAUAUCAAAUUACAAUUGAACCAAUUACAUUAAUUUGGGGACAGGUCGAAAAGCAUUAAACAUUUAUGGCAAUUUAGCUAGUUAGCUUGCACUUGCUAGCUAAUUAGUCCUAUUUAGCUAGCUUGCUGUUGCUAGCUAAUUUGUCCUGGGAUAUAAACAUUAGGUUGUUAUUUUACCUGAAAUGCACAAGAUCCUCUAUUCUGACAAUUAAUCAACACAUAAAAUGGUCAACCGAAUCGUUUCUAGUCAUCUCUCCUCCUUCCAUGCUUUUUCAUCGUUUAACUUAUAUGGGGAUUGGCAUCUAAACUUUCAUAGUAUUACCACGACAACCGACAACAGUUCAUCUUUCAAUCACCCACGUGGGUAUAACCAAUGAGGAGAUGGCACGUGGGUACCUGCUUCUAUAAACCAAUGAGGAGAUGGGAGAGGCAGGACUUGCAGUGAAAUCUGCAUCAGAAAUAGGAAUGACUUCUAUUUUAGCCCUUGGCAACGCAGAAGCUCGUUGGCGCGCGCGAGCAGUGUGGGUGCAAUAAUUGAAUAACAUAGAUUUCUAAAUUAUUUUGCAACGCUCGCAAACGUGACGCGAUCGGUGUGGUCAGCCUAUUAGGCGUCCCACAAUACGGACAUUGCAAUUUAUUGCCCUGGCCACAUCUGCAGUCCUCAUGCCUCCUUGCAGCAUGCCUAAGGCACAUUCACGCAGAUGAGCAGGGACCCUGGGUAUCUUUCUUUUGGUGUGUUUCAGAGUGCGUAGAAAGGCCUCUUUAGUGUCCUAAGUUUUCAUAGCUGUGACCUUAAUUGCCUACCAUCUGUAAGCUGUUAGUGUCUUAACGACCAUUCCAUAGGUGCAUGUUCAUUAAUUGUUUAUGGUUAAUUGAACAAGCAUAGGAAACAAUGUUUAAAACCUUUACAAUGAAGAUCUGUGAAGUUAUUUGGAUUUUUACGAAUUAUCUUUGAAAGACAGGGUCCUGAAAAAGGGAUGUUUCUUUUUUUGCUGAGUUUAUAUAAUAGCCCUAUUAAAUUAAGCAUACUGUUUAUAAAGCAUGUGUUGCCUAUGGGUACAAUAUUGCCUAUGGGUAUUUUUCUAUAUUGCCUUUGUGUAUUUUUCUGUAUUGCCUGUGCCUCUUGAAAUAUUUGCCACCUAUCUACAUAGACGGGUUGAGGCAGAAGGCCGUGUAGUGUUAUGAUUUUGAAUGGUCAGAUAGCUCGCAACAAUUACAUUUUUUUAUUUUUUAUUUCACCUUUAUUUAACCAGGUAAGCCAGUUGAGAACAAGUUCUCAUUUACAACUGCAACCUGGCCAAGAUUAAGCAAAGCAGUGGAACACAAACAACAACACAGAGUUACACAUAAACAAACGUACAGUAAAUAACGCAGUAGAAAAAAUCUAUGUACCGUGUGUGCAAAUGUAGAAGAGUAGUGAGGUAAAGGCAAUAAAUAGGCCAUAGAGGCGAAACAAUUACAAUUUAGCAUUAACACUGGAGUGAUAGAUGUGCAGAUGAUGAUGUGCAAGUAGAGAUACUGGGGUGCAAAAGGGUAAGUAAUACUAUGGGGAUGAGGUAGUCGGGUGUGCUAUUUACAGUUUGACUGUGUACAGGUACAGUUGAUGCUUAAAGUUAGAGAGGGAGAUAUAAAACUCCAGCUUCAGUGAUUUUUGCAAUUCAUUCCAGUCAUUGGGAGCUGAGAACUGGAAGGAAAGGCGGCCAAAGUAAGUGUUGGCUUUGGGGAUGACCAGUGAAAUAUAGCGGUUGGAGCGCGUGCUAUGGGUGAGCAUUGCUAUGGUGACCAGUGAGCUGAGAUAAGGCGGGGCUUUACCUAGCAAAGACUUAUAGAUGACCUGGAACCAGUAAGUUUGGCAACGAAUAUGUAGUGAGGUCCAUUCAACAAGAGCAUACAGGUCGCAGUGGUGGGUAGUAUAUGGGGCUGUGGUGACAAAAUGGAUGGCACUGUCAUAGACUACAUUCAGUUUUCUGAGUAAAAUGUUGGAGGCUAUUUUGUAAAUCGCCAAAGUCAAGGAUCGGUAGGAUAGUCAGUUUUACGAGGGUAUGUUUGGCAGCAUGAGUGAAGGAGGCUUUGUUGCGAAAUAGGAAGCCGAUUCUAGAUUUAAUUUUGGAUUGGAGAUGCUUAAUGUGAGUCUGGAAGGAGAGUUUACAGUCUAACCAGACACGCAGACAUGCAACAUUAGCUAAUGUUUCGUAGCCUAGUGGUUAGAGCGUUGGGCCAGUAACCAAAAGGUUGCUGGAUCGAAUCCCCGAGCUGACAAGGUAAAAAUCUCUUCUGCUGCCCUAGAGCAAGGCAGUUAACCCACUGUUCCCCGGGUGCUGUGGAUGAUUAGGCAGCCCCCUGCACAGCUCUGAUUCAGAGGGGUUGGGUUAAAUGCGGAAGAUACAUUUCAGUUGAAGGCAUUCAGUUGUACAACUGACUAAGUAUCCCCCUUUCCCUCUCGACUGAGGUGAAUGAAUUAGAUACUCUAGCUAGUAGCUACCACAGCCAGGUCACCUCUAGCUAUCUGUCAGAUAGCAAUAUGAGUUGGCUAUUAUUACUAUCUAACAGCCAUUGUUUGUAUGGAAAUGUUUUGUAGCCUUUGUUUUGUCCCGUUUUAACAGAAGUAAAUGCAAUUGGCUAACUUUAGCUAGUUGAUGUACCAUUAGAGAGAGAGAGAGCUGGCCAAAAAUUGUCUAACAUUAGCUAUUAUUUUUUGCCUCAAUCACACUAGACCUGAAUCAAACGAUUGAAGAUUGAUAUUCUGACAUUUUUUUCAGUGCAAUGUGAGUUUUUAUUAGUCAGUAUAGCAAUGUAACAUUAUUGAUCUGUCAGUUUCCCUAGCGAAUUCCCCACUUUUCACACUGACACAGUAAUAAACAGCUCUAAAGUUACAGGCUUCACUGUCAUGGUGCACAGUUUCUUCAUCCCGCUCCCGCCUUCAUCCGCAGCUUUUCAUAUUGCAUUUCAUACCCCACUAAGCCCGCACCUGCUGGUUUUCUGUCUGACUCCCACCCGCUACCACACAAACUGGUGCCGAACCCAACUGCAGUCCCGCAAUGUUAUUUUAGGCGUAUGCGACGCAGCUCACUUGUCAGCCAUGGUCCCAGCAAUUCUGUGCCCUACAGGCAAUAUCAAAUGCGCAAAAAUAACUGAAGAAAUUACCAGAGAUUCUCACAUGGCGCUUAUAUUAAGCUAUAUCGGCCAAUAUACUAGAUGUAGUUUGAAGAGAGCAGAGUAGGUGAGACUUGCACUUUUUCUUGAGCUAUUUUUAUAGCCUACCUUUUAGGAGUGGGAAGAUUUUCAGACAGAGAAACAUGGGUGAUCAAUUUUUAGACCUAUUUUUAGGCAAUGCAGUAAAGUAUUUAGGAAGUACAUUUCCUUGGCAAAAUAACUGCCUCGUGCCUCUGCGCCCAUGCAUAAGCUAUAGCCUACUCUAUUUAACUGAGACCACACACUCACCUGACCCCCCAUGUAUGGCUACUGAACUUGAAGAAGCAAGAAUGAUGACAGAGACACUUGCUACAAUUUGCAUAGGCCUAUAGUAUAUAGCCUACCUUUUAGGAGGACGAUUUGCAGGAAGAAACAAAUAAAUGGGUUAUCAAUAGGGUACUAGGUGGUAACUAUCCCCUCUAAGAACAAUGUCUAAUUGCUGACACAAAAAAAAAGCAACAUUUGGAGAAAAAAGAUGUAUGUGUUGAAGGUCAUUCUUAGGUGAAUAAACUAUAAAGGGAAAUAUAUGGCUACAGUUUACACUUUUUGAGUUAUUUCAUGAAAUGUUGUUUUUAGAAAAGUGGCAUUUUUUAUGUACCGGGGUAACUUCCCCCCCUACCCACCCCCAUGGUGUAACUUCACUUCAUUGAAGAUUUUUCGAUGUCUAGCUGUCUUCUGGAUUGCUUUGAGUUCAGCGACAGACACACCUCAGAGAACUUGGCAGAGGAACUGUUGAGUGGCCAGAGAAUGGCAAGUAGAUGGGGAAAGUGGUUACUACAUCAUAAUUUAAUCCAGUAUUAUAUAUGUAUAUGAGCAGUAGAUGAGAAUGUAGUAUCAGUAGACAAAACAUGAACCUGAACUAAUAAGUUACUAUUCUCUUUUUUCAGCUAUGUGACAGCCUCAAAAAUGAUACUCCUGUGUAAGGUUCUGCAGCGAAACACAGCCAAAGAGAAGCAAAUGUAACCACAGGACAUGUGACAGAGUUGAUGGACACCCUAUUUUCAUCAAUGGACAGAAAGUUCCACAGAAUGGAAUAUAAUCACGUGCUAUCAGAAACUGCUGCGCUUGACCCCAGGUUUAAGAAGUUAGCCUUCAGUGAUGCCAGAGCGAUUGAUGAGGCUCUUCAAAGAAUAACCUCAGCAGCAGGGAGGGACAGCCCCAGCAGUCAGCUGGCUCAGGCACCAGGGCAACAGGAAGAAGAGGGAUCAGAUGGAGCAGAAACACCAGCAGUAGUGCCACAAACGUCUGCUGUUUGGAUGCUGUUUGACGAGAGAGCAACUGGGGAUGCAGCACGAAGGAAUCCCUCAGCAGAUGCCAUAACGGAGGUCCGAUCCUAUUUGGAGGAGCCCAUGCAGAUCCUCUGAGCUGGUGGAAGAACAAGGCCUCUGUCUACCCACAGCUUACUAAAGUCAUGACAGGGAGACUCUGCAUAGUGACCACAUCCGUUCCCUCUGAGAGGGUCUUCUCGAAAACGGGACAAAUAAUUACUGAGAGAAGAAACCGCAUCAGCCCCUCGAAAGUGAGGUAGCUUGCAUUUCUGAAUGCAAAUCUCUCAUUGUAGUAACCUUAAAGGCUUCUUAGAGUUAGGACUCAUGAGACUUAAGUUUGGUUUAGUAUUUAAUUGUAACAUAGAAUUACAUUCUCUAAUGCACCUGGCUUAAACUACCUGAAGCUUUCUUAAUCAUAGUUAUAUAGGCAGACAUAGGAAAUAGCUACGGAUAGCGGGAAGCAAACCCCCGUCUUGAGUCAAUACUGUCGUCUAUUGGUAAACAUAAACAUACCAGGUUACUACACUCAUAAAAGCAAAAUAUGGUCAGCAUUGCUGUGUGCUGCUGGUUCUAACAUGGCAACAAAGAAGAGAGAGAAAAGAGGGACCAGUUUAAUGUUUUAAGUGGGAUGCUGCAGUUUUGCAUAUUAUUAUUUAUGUUUCUUUGAUAUGGUGCAAUAUUCUAUUAUGCUGUUCAAAUUGUAUUCGUUUUGAAUGGUUAGAUUUAUAUGCACUUUGUUUAUGUACAUUAAAAAGUUAUACUUUAAAUGCAAAUGUUUAAUAGCAUUCUUUUCAUAACAAACGAAUGCAUUUUUAAAUACAUUGUGGUAAAGGUACAGUAUGAUUUCAUUUAACAAUUUAAUUAGAGUUGUUUUAACACCAAACUAUCGCAAACUGUUUGACUUGAAAAAAUACAAAACAUAUUUUUUUAAUGAGCCGUUUGGGAGCCAAAAGAGACGGCUCUUUUUGGUGAGCUGAGCCGAAUGAGCCGGCUCACUGAAAAGAUCCGGAAUGCCCAUUACUAGCUGACGGGCCAGGGGAGAAACUUUGUUGACGUGUUUUUGGAUUGGGACAUUUUCCACGGUAAAAGUGCCGUAAUUGGUCAAAAUUACAAACCCGCUUUUGAUUGGACCCUUUUAUGCGCUAAAAGUGCGGGGAUUGGUCAAAAUUGCGAGCUCUCGCAUAAUAUGCGCUGAUUGGUUGAUUUUGCGUUGAAUUAUGCGAUCGGGGAAUCCUGGGGGGACUGCUUUUAGCUAUUUUACAUAGCAUUUCAUGUCAUAUAGCUAGAUAGCUAGCUACGUUUUUAAGAGAGAGCUUUCAAUUGGCAUCUCUCCCCCUGUUUUCAGUCACAGGUGGGGACUGGAUUAGGCGUGAGCGGUGCAGGUGUGCUCAUGAGUUGUCCUCCGAUUUUCCUGGGGAUAGCGUUAUUUGUGACCUAUGUAUAAAUUAGAAUCAUGUAAUAGCAGAGCUUAAGAGAGUUGCCACAUCAAUGUUACACUAAAUUAAUUAGUUAAAUUAUUGCUAUUAAAUGUUCAAAUGUUCAAUUCCAAUGUUAUAAUUUAUAUUCAAUUCCAAUAUUAUAUUCCAAUGAAUAUUUUUUUGAAAACAUUUUGCUCCUGAAUGUCAUUUGAAAGAUUUCUGGGUUUUAAAAUCUUGCAUUAAUCAAAUCAUAUUUAGUGCAAUUGUACAUUAGCCUGGUACGUUUAAAAAACGCCCCUUUUCUAAAAACAACAUUUAAUGAAAUAACAAAACAAGCGUAAACUGUAGCCAUUUAUGCCACAUACAAUUUUUUUUCUCCAAGCAUUUCUUUUUUUAUGUCAGUAAUUAGACACUACUAGCUGCAUUUGAACUCUCACGCCCAACUAGGAGAGGUAGGCUACUAAAGUUGAAGCAGCAAAUUGUGUGGAUAAUGCAAAAAAUAUGUGCUUUUAAUGCAAUAGGUAGGCUAACACAUACAAAGCAAAAAGAGGACUGUUUCCAAAUAAUCUAUGAGAAAACAAAAAUAUUUUAAUCCCGAAGUCGUCUGUCUGACCGCUCGCAGCAUGAAAAAUGCUGACCGUGGGAAUGCAGCCCUCUAGUGCACAGUCACUACACAACACUGCUCAUCAUGCCUUAGCAGGAUCAGUUGGUGACAGGGUUCCAGCAGGGUCAGACAGCCAGGGAAGACCAAUCUAUGAUUGUCAGGUGAAUUUUGCAGUAUAUUAACAAUAUCAGUGAAUGAUACAAAGUUCCAUGUUGAGGUGAUGGGUAGACCUACAGUACAGGACAGUGGUUUAAAGGUACAGUCUGGGAUCUGGAAAUAAUGGUACAUUUAUUGAACCAUUGAUUCAAUUCUUGGAUAAUAUAAAGUACACAUGUACACCAAGGUAAUUCUUUGUCAUGCCUCAUUUUAGGAGGAUCAGAUGGUGAAAGGGGUCUCAGCAGGGUCAGGUAGCCAGGGAAAACCAGUCUAUGAUGGAGCUGAGGUGGAUUUUUGCAGAUAAAACACUUUAUUCUCUCUGUGCAGAAAACACUGAACAAGCCAGAUGCUAUUUUAAGGCAGUCUGACAAACCUCCAAAGUUGAUUUCCAAACUGUAUUAAGAGUUGAUAGAGGCUUUUCCCGAUGACACAAACCAUGUAAAACAAAAUGUGAGGAAGACCUGGGAGACGCUAUUGAUGAUGAUGAAUGGACACAGAUAUGUUAGAUCUGUUAGAAUGCCCAUAAAUGACUGCAGUUUAAGACCAUCCAUAGAACGUUACUAUAUGCCAGUGAAACUGAAUUACAUGCACUCAAAAAUGUAAAUAUCUUCUGGAGGUGUAAAACACAAAAGAGGACAUAUUUGCAUAUGUUAUGGUCUUGUGAAGGCUGACUUAAUUCUGGCAAAGAGUAUGUUAUUUUAUCUCAGCAGGUCUACAGAUUCUCCCUUCUCCCUGUUUUUGUUUGCUUGGAAAUGUUGAUACUGGAGACUGUUCUCUGAAGAAACUGUGUAACCAAGCAUUUGAAGUGGCUAAGAAAUGCAUUGCCAUUCAUUGGAAGGUUGGUUAUCUUGGUUAUCUAGAUUUAAUGUAUUACAAGAUUAAGGGUAUACUGGGCAACUUUCAUAAGGUCUGGAUGCCUUAUACCUGUAUGGUCUGUAUUGAAAACAUGCCCACGUCAGGGGAGAUACCUAUUUAGGCAAUCCUUAGCUGCUGGGCUGCUCAGUCCUGGCCCUUGGGGUCUGCUGUCCUGUGGGGUGUCACUCUAUCUUUGGCCUAACAUACCCAAAACCAAUCAAAUGAAUAUUUCAGUAAGAUCCUAAAGCUGAGUGAGGUGUGUCGGGUUGGGGCGCUGCAGGGUGGUGGACCCCUAAGGACAGGGUUGAACUCCGUCAAGACUGUUAGAAAAGCAUUCCAGGUGAAGCUGGUUGAGAGAAUAAUAGAGUGUGCAAAGCUGUCAUCAAAGCAAAUGUUCGCUACUUUGAAGAAUCUCAAUAUAAAAUAUAUUUUGAUUUGUUUAACACUUUUUUGGUUACUACAUGAUUCCAUAUGUGUUAUUUCAUAGUUUUGAUGUCUUCACUAUUACGCUACAAUGUAGAAAAUAGUAAAAAUAUAGAAAACCCCUGGAAUGAGUAGGUGUGUCCAAACUUUUAACUGGUACUGUAUAUAUAAUAUUUUUUGUGCUGUUUUGCAUGUUAUUUUGGUAUUAAUACGUGUCACAUAUUUGCAUACAAUGUAAAAGAACAAAACAACAUUGAGUUAAUAAAGCGGCAUACUAACAUGG